AUGAAGCGAGGCCGAGAAGAUCAAGAUGACCAAACUCUAGAUUUGGUCAAUUGUUUGAUGCUACUAUCCAAAAUAGACCAACCCGAUUCCUCCCCCACACAAGCCGAAGAUUUAAAACGAGGCCGAGUGUUUACAUGCAAGACAUGUAAUCGGGAAUUCCCCUCGUUCCAGGCCCUCGGGGGCCACAGAGCGAGCCACAAGAAGCCGAAGCUGAUGCCCGGCGGGGCAGUCGACCUCCUACAACUCGCGCAAUCUCCAGGGUCCCCCGCGAAACCCAAGACGCACGAGUGCCACAUAUGCGGGCUCGAGUUUGCGGUUGGACAGGCACUCGGGGGACACAUGAGGAGACAUAGAGAAGAAAUUCAAGCUAAUGCGGUUCAAGCUCGGUCGUCGCCGGCCAUGCCGGUUUUGAAGAAGUCGAAUAGUAGUAAAAGGGUGUCGAGCUUCAACUUGGACUUGAAUUUGGAUUUGAGAUUGGGCCUGCCUGGUCAUCAUAGCCAAUACGAUUUGGCGACGAAGCUGCAGUUGAUUUCUUGA